AUGGAGAAGCUCUCCCCAGGAACAAAGCUCCAGGUGGGCUCCCAUGAGACAGAGAUCGUCAAGUAUUUGGCUGAAGGUGGAUUUGCCCAUAUCUAUACCGUGAAACAGACACCAGUAGAAGAUGGUUUAGAAAUAGCAUGUUUGAAAAGAGUCAUUGUAAAGACGAAACCUGAAUUGAACUUGUUACGGAAAGAGGUGGAUACUAUGAAGAAGUUGGCUAAUAAUAAAUACGUGGUGAAGUAUUAUGAUUCAAAUGCUCAAAAGCUGGAAGAUGGAACUUAUGAGGUGCUACUUUUGAUGGAGUACUGUCCGAAUAAGAGCUUGUUAGAUUUAAUGAACCAGCAUUUGAAGACUAAGUUAUCAACUGAUCAAAUAUUAAAGAUCAUGUUUGAAAUAUCCGUGGCUGUUUCAUCAAUGCAUUACAUGAAUUUGAUCCAUAGAGAUCUUAAAGUGGAAAAUGUUCUUAUCAAUGCCAACAAUGAUUUCAAGCUAGCUGAUUUUGGUUCCACUAGUGGUUUUAUUGCUCCCCCAAAGAGUCAGGAAGAAUUUCAGGCCAUUGCACAUGAUAUCCUCUAUCAAACAACUCCACAGUAUAGAGCACCUGAGAUGAUUGAUCUUUAUAAAAAUGUUUCAAUUGAUUAUAAGUCUGAUAUCUGGGCCCUUGGUGUUUUCCUUUACAAAUUAAUGUAUUACACCACUCCUUUUGAGGCUCAAGGUGAGCUAGCUAUUCUUCAUGGUUUCUUUCAGUUUCCCCCAGCACCAAAGUAUCCUUCAAGAUUGAAAAACUUGAUUAUCAUUAUGCUUCAAGUUGAUGUUAAUUUAAGACCAAAUAUCUACCAAGUUGUUUACGAACUAUGUGAUAUUUUGGGGAAAGAAGUUCCUAUCAAAGAUUAUUAUGGGUUG